AAGAUGGCAGCUGCUGAAGAAGACGAGUUACCACUGCCUCGACUUCCCGAGCUGUUCGAAACAGGCAAGCAGCUUCUGGAUGAAGUGGAAGCAGCGACCGAACCCACCAGUUCCUGGAUAAUCCAAGAGAAGGUAUUGAGGGGAUUGGACCUUCUUAAGAAGGCUGCUGAAAUGUUAUCGCAGCUCGACUUGUUCAGCCAAAAUGAAGAUUUGGAAGAGAUUGCUUCUGCUGACCUGAAGUACCUGAUGGUGCCAGCAUUUCAAGGCGCAUUGGCCAUGAAACAAGUCAACUUGAGUAAGCGUCUAGAUCAUUUGCAGUGGGCUCGACAGCACUUUUUAAACUACUUAACUCAGUGCCAGUACUAUCAUGUGGCAGAGUUUGAGUUGCCCCAAACCAAGAACAACUCAGCUGAAAAUAACACUGCUAGUUCCUCCAUGGCUUAUUCUAGCCUCGUUGCUAUGACAUCUCAAAGACAGGCUAAGAUAGAGAGAUACAAACAGAACAAGGAGAUGGAGCAUAGGUUGACUGUGCUGAAAUCUGCUGUGGACACUGGUCAAGCAGAUGACGAGUAUGUUCGUGAAUAUUACCUCCUUAACCUUAGAAGGUGGAUUGGUAUCAGCUUAGAAGAGAUUGAGAGCAUUGACCAGGAGAUAAAGAUCCUGAGAGAAAAAGACUCUUCAACAGAGGCAUCAACUUCUCACUCAUCUUUUCAGGACAGGCCUCCAAUGAAACCCUUCACUAUCACUCGGAAUGUGGCCCAAGCCAAAGUAUUUGGAGCUGGUUAUCCAAGUCUGGCAUUCAUGACAGUGAAUGACUGGUAUGAUCAGCAACAGAACUUUGGAGCAUUACCAGAUCAGGGAAUAGCCAAGAAAAUAUCAGAGGUCAAACGAGCAGCUCAGCAACAGGAAGAUCAGGAACAAAAGGAGGAAGAUGAUGAGCAAACACUUCACCAGGCUCGGGAGUGGGAUGACUGGAAGGACACCCAUCCUAGGGGUUAUGGCAACCGACAGAACAUGAGUUAG